AUGUAUUCAUUAGCUGUUGGUAGUCCUAAUGUAUGUGAUGGUAUGCACAUGGUCAGAUAUUGCACAUGUAGUGGGAGUUGUGAGCAGGUAUAUGAGCAAUUUGGGAAUGGAACAUUGGAGUGCUGUCAAAUGGAUUCUCAAGUAUUUGAGAGGUGGCGGCCCAGUGGUAAAGCGGUUACCAAUCGGAAAAAAGGGCCGGGCAGGCUGGCGGUCGGGGCUGAGCGCGGAGAACUGAGCGGGGAGUUGGAGGAGGGCCGCAGGCUGAGCGGCGGGGGCCAGGCGGGGGCUGCAGGUGGCGGUGGCGGCAUAGGGAGUAGUGGCGGCUGGGAAGGCAGUGUUGCCGGGAAGCGGUGGCCAGGGACUGAGCAGUGCCGGAGGCUGGCAGGUGGCCAGACCGGCGGGGGCCGGGGAGCCGGAGGCCGGUGCCGGGAAGCGGGAAGAAGACACCAGAGAGAAGCAGGGCUACCAGAAACUAGACAGAGGGGCCGCCGGUGGGGCCACAGGGGCCGGACUGACAGGUUUGACAGGCCUGUCAGUCCGGUACCCUGCGGCCGUAUGGCCUGGAUCUGA